AUGCUAGUGAACGUAUCUUAUGGACUUAAUAAUGGUCUUGGAAAAACUCCACAAAUGGGUUGGAAUAGUUGGUAUAAUUUUUGGUGUAAUUAUACAGAAAAAAUGAUUCAACAGACAGUCGAUAUAAUUUUAGAUAGUGGUUUGGCUGCAGCUGGAUAUGAAUAUAUCAACUUAGACGAUUGUUGGCAGAUAAGUCGUGACGCUAACGGUACUAUUCAAGCUGAUCCAAAAGCAUUUCCCAGUGGCAUGCCUGCUAUCAUUGACUAUGUUCAUUCUCGUAAACUUAAAUUUGGUUUAUACUCAGAUGCUGGAUACAAAACAUGCGCUGGUCGACCUGGUUCUUUAGGUUACGAAAAAAAAGAUGCAGCUACAUAUGCUUCAUGGGGUGUCGACUAUUUAAAGUAUGAUAAUUGCAAUACAGAUGGUACUAAACCAGAAGUACGCUAUCCAGUUAUGCGUGAUGCAUUAAAUGCUACUGGCCGACCUAUUUUGUACUCAUUGUGCGAAUGGGGCAUUGACACACCGGCUCUAUGGGCUGCAGAUGUUGGUAAUAGUUGGAGAACAACCGGAGAUAUUUUGGAUAAUUGGGAUUCAAUGAUCAGCACUAUGGAUAUAAACAAUCAAUUUGCUGAUAAAGCAGCACCUGGUGGUUGGAAUGAUCCCGAUAUGCUUCGAAUAGGAAAUGGUGGUAUGACAGAUACGGAAUAUAUAUCUUAUUUCUCUCUUUGGGCGAUUAGUAAAGCUCCACUUUUGAUUGGUGGUGAUGUGACAACGAUGAGUCAAGCUACUCUAAACAUUUAUUUAAAUUCUGAAGUAAUAGCUGUCAAUCAAGAUCCUUUAGGUGUACAAGGAAAAAAAAUCGUUAUUUCUUCAUCCGAACUACCGAACGCUUCAAGUAUGGUAUUCAUGAGUGAUUGUUCCUCACUAAAAGGUCUAAAACAAAGUCAGAAAUGGAUAUAUGAUCCACAUGAUAGCAGAAUUCGAUUAGGAGUUGAUGGAAAAUGUUUAACAAUUGAUAAAUGUGAUUCAAAUGAUACAAUCAACCUUAUCACUAGUUCAUGUUAUAUCGAUAAUUCAAAAGCACCAUGCCAAGGUAAAAAUCAACAGUGGACAAUGAACAUUCACAAACAAACAAUUACUUCUCAACUUAAUGGAAAAUGUUUGAACGUUCAUAAUCAUAAUAAACGUAUUGUAAGUGUGUCUUAUUGUAAGAAACAAGAUAGUCAAAUAUGGUUAUGGAAUCAAAAUGAUGGUUUAUUGAAAAAUACAGAUAAUGAUCAAUGUUUGACCGUUGCACAAAAUAUUGAAAUAUGGGCGGGUCCAUUAUUUGACGGAUCACAAGCUGUUCUAUUGCUCAAUCGCAACAGCACUACUAGCGAAAUAAUCACAGUCAAAUGGACUGAUUUGGGUUGGCCCACUAAUCAAUGGGCUCGAGUACGAGAUUUAUGGGCUCGGCAAGAUGUUGGCAUAUUUUUCAGUAGUUAUACAUCACCAAAAAUUGAACGACAUGCUGUUCAAAUGCUCAAGAUAACACCUAUUCAUUAA